UGGAAUUUGAACUCUUGGGACCAACUGUGAAGUGAAAAAGCAGAAAUUGGGCAGCCCAAGCUGAGAUGGAUGAUGAGGGAGCAAACCAAAACGCCAGCAAGUUGCAAGGAGCCGGCUGCCAGCCAUCUGCAAUUUCUCUAUCAAACCCACUGAUGAGGGACUUUGUCUCAGACUGGUCUCCUUUACAUGAUGCCUCUGUCCAUGGGCGGCUGCUUACUCUGAAGAAGCUCAUCAACCAGGGAAGCAAUGUCAAUCUGCUUACAGCAGACCAGGUGUCUCCUCUCCAUGAAGCCUGCCUAGGGGGCCAUGCUGCUUGUGCCAGUGUCUUAUUAAAACAUGGUGCUCAGGUGAAUGGUGUUACUGUGGACUGGCACACUCCUUUGUUCAGUGCCUGUGUCAGUGGCAGUGUGGCUUGCUUGAAUUUACUGCUGCAGCAUGGAGCCAGCCUGCAUCCACCCUGUGACUUAGCAUCCCCCAUCCACGAAGCUGCUAAGCGAGGUCAUGUGCAAUGUGUCGAAUUCCUCGCAUCCCAUGGAGUAAAUAUAGAUCACAACAUCAAACAUCUGGGUACUCCACUUUAUGUAGCUUGUGAAAACCAGCAAAUAAGCUGUGCCAAGAAGUUACUUGAGUCAGGAGCAAAUGUGAACAGUGGCAAGGGCCUGGACUCCCCGCUGCACGCGGCUGCCCGGGGCUGCAGCCCGGAGCUGGUGAGCCUGCUGAUCGACUACGGAGCGGACAUCUGGGCUAAGGACGCCGACAGCAAACGGCCAAUGGAGCUGGUGCCUCCAACCCACCCACUAAGUCGACUCUUUCUGCAGAAAGAAGGGCCGCUCUCCCUGAUGCAGCUGUGCCGCCUGUGCAUCCGGAGGUGCUUUGGACACCGGCAGCAUCAAAAAAUAACUGGACUUCUCCUCCCGGAUGAGCUGAAACAUUUCCUUCUCCACAUUUAAGCCUUUCACAACUAAAAUUGUGCCUUUAAUAACACUGCAAGGUUU